AUGCUCUGGUAUCUUACUUUUGCUGUACUUGCAGUAGUACUCUAUCUCGCACUUGGAUUAAAGGGCCAAUGGCCAGAUGGGCCUCGAGGAGUACCCUUCAUUGGAGUCUUGCCAGCCAAGAAGCAGACUCUCUACCACCAACUUACUAACCUGGUUCCGGGAUAUGGAGAUUUCUUCUCGUUCAACAUGGGCGGGUCCAAAGUGGUUGUCCUCAGUAGCCCAACGGCUGUAAAUGACCUGAUCAUCAAGAAAGGCCAGAAGUAUUCCUCUCGCCCUAUUUCUUCGGCUCAGACAAAGAUCAUCGGUGAGGGAAGGUUGGUCCAGAUGGAGUAUGGCGACGAGUUCAGGAAACAUCGAAAAGUUAUCCAUGGCCUCCUUGGCAUGCAGAACUCGAGGAUCUUUCUGCCUUAUCAAGAAUACGAAAGCCGGCAGACUCUGAAAAAUCUGUUGGAAAACCCCAACGCUUUCUACACAGAGGUAGCACGCUACUCAACCAGCGUCACUUUCAGCCUAUUAUUGGGUGCUCGUUUCGCACGCAGUGACACUCAGAUUCCGGAAGCGAUGCGAAACACCGCGCUUGACAUGUUCAAGAAAAUGCGCCCAGGCUACUGGCUGGUCGAUUGGAUCCCAGCGCUGAAUUAUCUUCCAGACGGCCUUGCGCCAUGGAGAGCGAAAGCGCAUAAGAUUUUAGACAAUGUCCUUGAAUUCUGGGGAGUGUUCUAUGACUCAAUCGUGGCUCGAAUGAAGAAGGGCGACGCGCCCGACUGUUUCCUGAAACGGUUCUUGGAAAGCCCCGAGAUCGGCAAUUUCUCAGAGGUCGACAAACGCGUUAUUCUCGCCGAGCUACUGGCAGCGGGCUCCGAGACCACGGCAACAACCCUUCAAUGGUUCUUCAAGGCUGCACUCGUCAGUCCGGAAUUCAUCAAAUCCGCGCAGGAAGAGCUGGAUCAGGUGGUCGGGCCUGACCGUCUGCCGCAGUUCGAGGAUCGAGACAAACUACCAUAUAUCGCAGCUAUUGUUGAAGAAGUCCACCGAUGGGCCUCUGUAGCGCCUCUUGCGUUCUACCAUGCCACCAGCGACUCCGACAGCUACAGGGGCAAGACGAUACCCGCAAGCACAACGGUGAUCUACAAUUCGUACGCCAUCCAUCACGACAGCCAAUUCUAUCGAGACCAUGAAAAAUUCAUCCCUGAGCGAUUCUUGCCGGAGAAAGAUCCUCGAUACCUACCUCAGUUCGCACACGCCCCCAUGCACUAUGGGUUCGGUGUAGGAAGGAGGGAAUGCCCUGGAAAACAUGUCGCUGAUGCAUCUCUCUUCAUCGUCAUCAGCCGGCUUUUGUGGGCGUUUAACAUCGAUCUGGGCUCCAACCCGCCUCCAGGAGACGGUAUCGUGGGAAGCAUGCCGAUCUGGAGGCCUGCCAAAUUUACAUGCAACAUCACUCCAAGAAGCAAGAAGGUUGCGGACAAGAUCCUCGCGGAGGCCGCAGUCCAGGAUCCCGCGUUGCAAGUCGAAGAUGCUGCACAGUACGAAGAUGCAGUCAAGAGGGUUGUGGCGAAGCGUAGAGCUGGGGAAUAA